AUGGCUGAUGAAAUUGCAUCAGCAAUGGAGCAGGAAAUGGUGGAAGAACAGGCUAUAAAGUGCCCAAGGCCUUCAGCAAAGAGGCAAAGGAAAGGAUCUCCUGACGCCCGAGAAGAAACAGAUAAAGAACGUGUAGACGAUAGUCUUCUGCAAGAUGCACGUAGAAUCAAAGAAAACAUCAGGGUCUACAUGAACGCAACAGACAGGAACGUGAGUGCGAAGGUACAAAAGCACGUUAAUGGGAAAAUGCAGCAGUUAAUAGAUAUAAUGGAGACAAUAUAUGAUAAGAACUAUGAAAAAACGUUUUUAGUACAACGUGUGGUAAAGGACACAUUAGCUUCCUCUGAAAUGUAUGAUAUCAUAGUAAAUGCAUUAGUGGAAAAAGCAGUACCUAUGGUUAUCGAGGGACUCAAGUCGGAAAGUAAAACCAUACAAAGACCACUGUCAGAACCUCAGACAUCUCGGGAGUUUCCAUGCGUUAAAGAACAACCGCUAUUAGCCGAUGCCCACGCUAUUAUUGAGACCACGGAGAAUGGAAGUUUCCAGGAAAACCCGGACCUCCUCCACUACAGCCAACCAAUUACGUAUCCAAUCAGAUAG